AUGCCUUCUUUAGGCCCCGAAUUACCUCCACAUCUUCAAAAGCGCAAGCGCUCAAUCGAUGAUUCUGAGCUACCUGAUUCACCACCUCGCAAAUUACAAGCAGCAGCACCACCACCACCACGGAUUCUUGGACCCUCUCUACCACCUACCAUAAAUCCUGAUGAAGUAAAUAUAGAAAAUAGUGAUGAUGGUGAUGAUUAUGGACCAUCAAUUCGGCCAUCGAAAUCUAAAAGACCUGAAUCUCCACCACGAAAAGUUAUAGGACCUUCUGCGCUGCCGAAAUCCACCUCUCCUCCCGUCAUAGGCCCUUCACCACCAUCCAAAAACCCAGAUGAACUCGAAAUCGAAAGUUCCGAUGAUGAUGACUCUUACGGCCCUUCAAUUGUUAAUCCGCGGAUGGCUGCCCCGCCACCAAAGCGCGUUCUAGGGCCUGCUCUUCCACCUGCCUCUCUUGCAGAACGCCCUUCACACCCCCCGAACUCUGACUCUGAUAGCGACUCAGACUACGGUCCAUCCCUUCCACCUGUAGCAGGCAGUACUGCCGCUAUCGCUCUCGAAAAUCAGCGCGCGCAGGAAGCCCAAGCAGCCGCCGCUAAAUCAAAUGAGCCCUCGAAGCCUCAACGUCCAGAUUGGAUGCUGGCUCCUCCGACCUCUUCUGACUGGACCUCCAAAAUUGACCCCACGAAGUUAAAAGCACGCAAAUUUGCAGGAGGCAAGGGUGCUAAAGCGCCGGGCGAGAAAACUGGUGUAUCUGCCAUCUGGACUGAAACUCCCGAAGAAAAGCGUCAACGACUCGAAGAUGCAGUUUUGGGCCGUCAAGACUCUGAUACUUCUUCUGCGCGCAUACGAGUUGAGACUAAGGUGGAUGAAGAGACAGACAAGAAAGUUAGGGAAUACAAUGCCAAGAAUCGGGGAAAAUCUCUAUACGAAGCACAUGCAGAAGGGAGCGUGGUUGCAGGAAAAGGGAAGAAGGAGGAGGAGGAUGAUCCGAGUAAGAGGGGUUUUGAUAGGGAGAAAGAUAUGGCCUUGGGGGGAAGAUUGGGACAUGCGGAGAAGAAGGAAUUGUUGAAUCGAGCGGCAGAUUUCGGGAGUCGAUUUCAGAAGGGUAGCUAUCUGUGA